GCGUGUUCGCACAAAAGCGAAAACUUAGAUCGGUUUGUCAAGCAGUCAUUACAUGACGACAAGACAGUUGUGUUUGUUUUAUUUUUUGGACUUAGUUUGACCGUAUAUAAACGUUUAUAGGGCCUGGCUGGCCAUCAGUAUCUCGCGGUGCUCCACUUUACCGGGGCUAUACCACAAAUCUCGAAAUACGCACGAUACGCAAGAGAGAAAACAGCCACAUCGAAAACAAAAUAAAAACGGUUCUUUUCAUUUGAAAUUGUCUGCCAUAGACUAUCAAGGAUUACAACACCACGAUUUAUGGAUUUCAUAAUCGAGAACUUUAAUAGCAACAACAACAACAACAAUAUAUAGCAAAAGGAUUACAUAAAUUAUCUGCAAAAAAUAAGAACGAAUACCUAAAAAGGAUAUUGUGUGUGCAUCUAUGUGUGUGUGUGGAAAUUGAAACACUACUACUGGUAGUAGUUUUCAAAAAAAGACAAACAAAAACGAACUUUCCCAAAAAAAAUUGGAUUUCGAAAUUUUUCUGAAAUAUUCGAAAAUUAAGUGAAUAAAUAUAAACCAAUAAAAAUGAAGAUAUUUCUUGCUAUUCUGUGCCUUUGCGGUACAGUUUGGGCAGAUUCAACACCACGAUCACUGGCAGAUUGUAUACAAGCUGUCAUCGAUGCAGGCUAUUCAUAUCCCCAACCCCAAGUGAAAUUCUCCAUUGGUCCGGGGGAAACUAAGCUGAAGGCUACACCCAUAGAAUCAUCAUCGUAUUCUUCGUCGUCAUCAUCCUCUUCUUCAUAUGAAUCAUCGGCAGCAUUUUCGGGAUAUUCCCACGGUUCUGGACAGGCAAAAUAUGUGGCACCGGUUAAAAGUGUAGCAUACCAACCGGCAGUUACCUAUGCCAAGGGUGGUAGCAUAACAUAUGCCGAUAAAUCGCCAGCUUCCAAAUAUGCAGCGGUUGUACCAUCGGGCAUUGAAUUCAAAAAUCUGGUGACGCCCACCAUCAAUACCAAGAAAAUUACCAGUGCCUAUUUGCCUCCUCCGAAAGUAGAAUCCUAUGAAUCGACCGGCUUUAGUUACACCCAGUCAACACCGGGAGUUACAAAAGUUACCACGUACACGGCCGGCGGUGGCGGAGAGUCCAAGCUAAGUUACACGGCUCCAGCCGUUACCAAAAUUGCCAGCUAUUCUUCUCCAUUCUCUAAGACAACACCCGUAUUUGGUUAUGCCAAGUCGGGACAUUUGGAUAGCAUUUUCACCAGUGCUGCCUAUAACCCGCAGGCAGGACAUAUCAGUUAUGCCCCAAAGAUAUCCUAUGGCACUCCCACAGUUGCAAAAAUUUCUUCAAUCGCCGCAACCGAUCAUCUGGCCACAUUUGAAGCUCAGCCAUUGUUUCCUAAACUUGAGGCGCCUUCACCGGCUGCGUAUGCCUAUGCUCCGGCCCUUUCCAAAGGUUAUUUGCCCAGUCUGCAGACCAGCGGUUAUGCUAAGUCUUCGUAUGGUGCCAUUUCUCAGCAACAUGUUUCGAAACCCCUUAACUACGUUUCGGCGCCAGUUAAGAUACCCACCUAUGCUGCACCCAUUGCUUCCCAUUACAUUUCAGCCCCAGCCAAGGUGGCAACGUUUGCCUCGGAAGGUUCUUACCAUCAUGCAUCGGGCGGUGCCAUAUCUCACCAGCAUGUUUCAAAGCCGGUUUCCCACAUAACUGCAUAUGCUCCUGCACCGGUUGUUGCCAAGGUGGCCACUCCGGUGACGGUUACAAAGUACGCUGGAGGUGGUGAUGGUUCUGUGCACUAUACAACCAGUGCCAGUUCGGGACAUUAUGCCACAGGUGGCAGCGGUGCCAUAUCAUCGCAAUAUGUGUCCAAACCAUCGGCUUAUGUUGCACCCGCCAUAGCCAAGACAAUAACCUAUUCCGCACCAAAACCCCAAGUGGCAUAUGUUGCUCCAGCUAUCGCUAAGGUUGCCCCAGCACCAGCUGUGACCAUUUCGGGCGGAGAAUCAGUGAAAUAUUCCGCGGGAGGUGCCGUUUCUCAUCAGUAUGUGUCGAAACCCACUGCCCACAUUACCGGCUACGCUAGUCCUGCUCCCGUGGCGAAAGUUGCCACCUACACUGCCCCAGCCAUUGCCAAGGAAGUAACAUACACAGCCCCAGCCUCAGCUCACUUUAGUGUUUCGGGUGGUCGAUUUUCUCAUGGCGGUCUUGCUUACCUGCCUCCAGAAACUCCCAAAGUCUCGGCGGGAGCAGUAUCCCAUCAAUAUGUCUCGAAACCAGCCGCCUAUGUUGCUCCACAAAUAGCUAAGGUGGCAACAUAUGUAACACCCGCUCCCGCCCCAGUUGUGGCUAAGCUUGAAACAUAUGAGGCUCCAAAAGUUGUAAACAUUGGCGCUAGUCGCGGAUCGGUGCAUUACUCCUCAAGUGGUGGGGCCGUUUCUCAUCAGUAUGUUUCGAAACCUCAGACACCCGUUGUUGCCAAAGUGGCUGCUUAUGCAGCACCAGCGGCCGUUGUAAACAUUGGUGGCCAUGCUGCUGCGGCGGGAGGUUCGUCACAUUAUUCUUCAAGUGGAGGUGCAGUAUCCCAUCAGUAUGUUUCCAAACCAGCUCAAGUUGCUGUAGUCCAGGCACCAGCCGUUGCCAAAGUUGCCACAUAUUCUGCACCUGCAGCUGUAAAGGUUGCCUCAUAUUCCGAGGGAGGUUCAUCCCAUUAUGCCACAUCGGGUGGUGGUGCAGUUUCUCAUCAGUAUGUUUCCAAACCCGCUCAGGUUGCUGUGGUUCAAGCUCCUGUUGUGGCCAAGGUUGCCACAUAUUCGGCGCCCGCAGCGGUUAAGGUCGCCUCAUAUGCCGAAGGUGGUUCAUCUCAUUACGCCACCUCAGGUGGUGGUGCUAUUUCUCAUCAGUAUGUCUCUAAACCUGCCCAGGUUGCUGUGGUUCAAGCUCCAGCUGUUGCAAAAGUUGCCACAUAUUCUGCUCCCACUCUCUCCUAUUCACACGGAGGUGCAUCUCACUACUCCACCUCAGGCAGUGGUGCUGUUUCUCACCAGUAUGUCUCAAAACCGGCUCAGGUUGCUGUUGUACAAGCUCCAGUUGUGGCUAAGGUUGCCACCUAUGCUGCACCCGCUGCCGUCAAAGUUGCUUCCUAUUCCGAAGGAGGUUCUUCACAUUACGCCACAUCGGGCAGUGGGGCCGUUUCUCAUCAAUAUGUCUCCAAACCUGCCCAGGUUGCUGUAGUUCAAGCUCCAGUAGUUGCUAAGGUGGCCACCUACUCCCCGGCGCCGGCUGAAAUAAAGGUGGGAGCAUAUUCGACAGGAAGUUCGUCCCACUUCUCAUCAUCUGGUGGUGGUGCUGUUUCCCAUCAGUAUGUUUCAAAGCCAGCCCAAGUUAUUCAAGCGCCUGUCGUAGCUAAGGUUGCCACCUAUGCAGCACCUGCAGCAGUUAAGGUUGCUACCUAUACAGGAUCCGGCAGUGCUUCUCAUUAUGCAAGCUCUGGCAGUGGUGCUGUUUCCCACCAAUAUGUCUCGAAACCGGUGCAAGCUGCUGUGGUUCAAGCUCCUGUUGUAGCCAAAGUUGCCACCUACUCUGCACCCGCCACUGUUGCCACAUCACACUUCUCUUCGUCCGGCAGCGGUGCCAUUUCACACCAAUAUGUGUCCAAGCCCGCACAAAUUGUUCAAGCUCCCGUUGUAGCCAAGGUGCCAGCAUAUGCCGCUCCAGCAGUGGUUAAAGUCGAAGGUGGAUCUUCUCACUAUGCCGCCUCUGGCAGUGGUGCGGUUUCCCAUCAAUACGUGUCGAAACCAGCUUUAGCCGUUCAAGCCCCGGUUGUCGCCAAGGUGGCAACUUACGCAGCCCCGGCAAUUGUAGGUGGCGCUGUACACUAUGCAUCUGGUGGAAGUUCGUCACAUUUCGCCUCAUCUGGAAGUGGUGGAGCUGUUUCCCAUCAGUAUGUCUCCAAACCAGCGCAAAUUGUACAAGCUCCGGUUGUAGCCAAGGUUGCUACAUACUCAAGCCCAUCUCUUGUGAAAGUUGGAUCCUAUUCUGAAAGUAGUUCCGGUCAUUAUGGCACCAGCGGUGGAGCUGUCUCUCAUCAAUAUGUAUCGAAGCCUGCAGCAGUACCUGUUGUGGCUAAAGUGGCAGCUCCCGCCGUAGUUAAGUUAAGUGGUUACACCGAUGGCGGCAGUUCAUCCCACUAUACAACAUCAAGUCGAGGAUCGGUCCAUUACUCUGGCUCGGGAGCUGGGGCCGUGUCUCAUCAAUAUGUUUCGAAGCCUGCAACACAUCUAACCGGUUAUGCAGCUCCUGCAGUGGCUAAGAUUGCAACACUAACAUCUCCGGCCGUUACACAAUACGUAUCUGCACCGGCUGUGGUAAAAUCGGCAGCAUAUUCCUCCUCUGGCGGUGCUGAAUCACAUCAAUAUGUCUCGAAGCCAGCUGUUCUGGCUGCUCCAGUUGUAGCAAAGGUUGCCGCAUAUGCCGCACCCGUAAUUGGCCAUGCAGCUGGACCCGUUGGCAUUGCCAAAGUUGCAAGCUAUCAUAGCAGUGGCAGCGGUGGAGCAGUAUCUCAUCAAUAUGUUUCGAAACCCGCACAGGCUGCAUACCCAGCUCCGGCCGUAACUCAUUACGCUGCCCAGCCAGUCGUUGCCAAAGUUGCCACAUAUCAACAACCAAUAUCUGCUGUAAAAUAUCAAAGCAGCGGUGCGGUAUCUCAUCAAUAUGUUUCGAAACCUGGAACGAUUUUGACCGCAGCACCCAAGAUUGCCACCUAUGCCCCCACCGCACCGGUACUAUCGGCAUCCUACUAUAAUGGAUUACACGGCACAUCGGGAUUGGGUGCAACAUAUCAGCAUGUCAGUCAGCCUACAUUGAUCUCGGGACCGGCAAAACCUUUGUACAGUGGCGUCUCUUAUGGCGGUCAAUAUGCUAGCGGUGGCUAUGCAUCCCAUCAAUAUGUAUCUCCAGCACAAGUUCCAAUUGCCGGACACGUUGCUACCUCGGGACAUGGUUAUAAUAACUUGGCAGCUAUUUCAUCCAGUUCACAUGCUUCCGGUGCAGUUUCACAUCAAUUCGUCUCGAAGCCGGUGAAAGGAGUAGGUUAUGUUGCACCAGCUUUGGGUAAGGUUGCCACAUAUGCAGCGCCAUUACCUGCUCCAGCGAUUGCCAAGGUCACCCCGGUGUACAAUCCACUUUUGUCCGGUGCAGCACACAGUUCGGGCGGUUAUGUGUCAUCCGGUUAUAAGAGUGUCUCAUCCGGAGCUGUCUCCCAUCAAUAUGUUUCCAAGCCUGCUGCGGUACUGGCAACUCCUGCCAUUGCAAAAACGGUGACCUAUUCUGCCCCCAGUGUUGCUCACGCCGGUCCAGCUGUAAGUAAAGUAGUGACCCCGCUAUUGAGCGGUGUCAGUAAAUUUGAAUCUCAUGGAGCCGUUUCCCAUCAAUAUGUCUCGAAACCGGCCUAUGGUGCCAAGCUCAUACCAGCCAGUGGCCCAGCGAUUGGUGGAGCUGUGCAUUUAGGUGGUGCCAUUUCGCAUGGUUCUCUUAGUGGUGGUGCCAUUUCUCAUAGUUCUCAUAGUGGUGCUGCCAUAUCUCAUGGUGCUUUUAGUGGUGGUGUCGUAUCUCAUGGUUCUCUUGGUAGCGCUGUCAUAUCACAUCAGCCUAGUAGUUUUGCCUCACCCAUUGUUGUCGAGGGUUCGGGACAUCAUUUGACAACCGGUUCAGCUGCCAAUCUUGCCAUAUCUUCUGCUGCUGGCCAUGGAGCCGUUUCUCAUCAAUACGUCUCCCAGCCACAUCUUGUUAAGGGUGCCGGCGCUUCAAUUAUGAGCAAAUCCAGUUUAGGCCUAAGUCAUGCUGGCUAUGGAUCUGCUUCAUAUGUAACCAAACCUCUGCAAGCUCCAGCAAUUGGCCUGGCUGCCGGUCAUGGACUUGGUUUGGCUGGACAACAUAUCGGUGAAGGUUACUAUGGAGCUGUAAGCCUGGGCCACUUUGGUACUUCGCCAGCAUUGAAUUAUCAAAGUGUCUUAGCCGGUCAUGGUGUUUCGGGCCGAGGUGGUUCCCUAUCAGGCCAUGGAGCUGGUUAUGGUGGCAUUUUACAUGGAGGCUUGGCACCGCUUACCGGUUAUGACCAUGGUGUUGGUGGUAUAGGACCGCAUGGAGCUGGUUUCUACAGAUAUGCACCCAUAGCUCCCGCUCUAAGUAGUCAUAGCCUUACACCGGAAGCCUAUUUGAAAACAGCGCCCAUAAUAAAGCCAGCUAAGAUCAAAGUUAUGACAGAACAGCAUUUAGAAUACUUUAACGAUCAUCCCCGCUAUGCCUUUGAAUAUGGUGUUAACGACCCAACAACGGGCGAUAUUAAACAUCAACGCGAAGAACGUGAUGGUGAUGUGGUCAGAGGUGAAUAUUCCCUGGUGGAACCGGAUGGCAAUGUGCGCACUGUCAAAUACUAUGCAGACUGGGAGACUGGUUUCCAUGCUGAAGUUAUCAAUAGUCGAGAUUCUGUAAAGACUCUAACUAAACGUACUGCCAGUAAAUCAUAAAUUAAGCGUAGUCAGCUGUUUUGGGGGCGUUCCUACUAUACGAUUUUAUUUUUGCUAUAAAAAAAUAAUUUGACGAACGACACAACAUUUUAUCGAAAUAAACAAUUUUAUGCAACGAGAGAAUACUAAGCUUAAAACAAGUACUUGGGAGUGCUGCCGAAUUUCACAUAAAAAAUUAUAUCAAAAUUGACAGUUUACAUGACCCUGUGAUCUGCAAAAGUACAAAAAUACUAAAAGAAUACUAAAUCCAAAUUAUAACUUGUGGUUUUUGCAGAAUUGCUCUAAUGAGUGUUGCCAUUACGUUUGAGCUGCCAAAAACAGAACGUAUGAACAUUCUUAAAGUGAUGCCAAGCACCAUGGUAGAAGAAUAUAUGUAGAUGCAUCAACGCUUGGGAACACUUAUAUGUCACAAGUUUUGAAAUGUUUUUUU